UCCUUGUCUGUGAACAACUAGAGCUGAUCAAACUUGUCGUCAACACCGUGUCGGUCCGCUGGAGAAGUGGGGCAGUCCGCGGACUUUUUGUAUAUUUCUCCCGCGUAUUAUCGUUUCAACGAUACACAACUGAACCGGUCUUUCUGGCCUUAUUUUUCUCUCUUUUUGAAAGUCAAGAGGACCGAUCAAGAGAAGACGAAGAUAAAGAAAGAUGCCGCUUCUCCACAGAAAGCCUUUCGUCAGACAGAAGUCCCCAGCGGACCUAAAACCAGAUGAAGAAGUAUUCCUUUGCAAAGUCACGCAUGAAAUCUUCAGGACUUAUGAUGAGUUCUUUGAGAGGACCAUCUUGUGCAACAGCUUGGUGUGGAGCUGUGCGGUGACAGGCAAGCCUGGCCUGACCUACCUGGAAGCCUUGGAGAGUGAGAAGAGGGGCCGUCGUAGCCUGCAGAGCUUCCCCUCAGCCCUGGUGGUCCCCUUGCUGCACCUCACAGCACUCACAUACCGUACCCGGCUCCACGAGAUCUGUGAUGAUGUGUAUUCUUAUGCCAGGGAGAGGUUUUUUCCUGGGGAGAUCGUGGAUGUUGUGAACCGCUCCGGUACCAGGCAGCCGUGUGAAAUCCUGGAUGUACAGUCUCCCCACCAUUCCAACAAGCCGGUCAAUGGGCACUCCAAACUUCAGAUGGACGGGGACUCCAUAGUCAUCAGUGACAGUGACGAGGAUAUCCCCAAAUCAAAGGCCAAUGGGAAGAAGAAGAAAUCUGUCAACCCUUCUGUGUUCAAGUACAAAGUGCAGCCCAUCAAGGAAGGCAGUGAGGCCAUAUUCACAAAGGCUGGUCAGAUGAGCCGUAAGAAGAACACGUUUUCCCGGGACAGAUUAAAGUUGCUGCUCAAACAGCACUGUGAACCACAGAAUGGAGUCAUCAUGCUCAAGGGAUCAACUGUUUCUAAGUACAAGUUGUCAGAACAGCACUUCUCCCAGUUCUUCCCUGACGAGCCCCCUGUGUUUGUCUUUAGUCCCCCUCCUAAAGGGCGGGGCAAACCCAAGAAUGUUUCUUCUCCUGGAGAGAUGGGAUACAACUUACUGAAAGCAGCAGAGAAGCUUCGUCUGAUGCAGCAGAAAGAGGAGAUGGCUACGGCACAUGAGAAGGCCAAGCUGAAGAGGGAGAAAGAAGAUAAUCUGGAAGCCAAAAAGAAAGAGAAGGAGGACAAAGAAAAGAAGAGGGAAGAGAUGAAGAAGAUGUUUGAAGAGGAGAAGCAGAGGAGGAAAGUGGAGAAGGAAAAAGAGAGGGAGAAGCUGAAGGAGGAAAAGAAGCAAUACGCAGAGCGACUGAAGAUAUGGAGCAAACCCAGAGAAGACUUGGAGUGUGAAGACCUGAAGAAUCUCCCAGCCCCAGUCCCAGUGAAGACCCGUCUGCAUGCAGAGCUAUUUGGAGACGCCCUCAUGGUACUGGAAUUCCUCAAAGCUUUUGGAGAGCUCUUUGACCUGAAGGAUGAGUUUCCAGAAGGCAUCACACUCGAGGUUCUGGAGGAGGCCCUAGUGGGGUCGGACCCGGAGGGGCCGCUGUGUGAGCUGCUCUUCUUCUUCCUGUCGGCCAUAUUCCAGGCCCUGGCUGAGGAGCAGGAGGAGGUGGCCCGCGACCAGGUGGCUGAGGCAGACGCCAAAGAUCUGAGUGAGGCCCUGGAUGAUGAUGCGGACCCCACCCAGUCAGCCAUCAGUGCUGUGGCUUCUCUGGCUGCUGCCUGGCCUCAGCUGCAUCAAGGCUGCAGUCUGAAGCAGUUGGACCUGGACAGCUGUACUCUGUCCGAGAUUCUGAGGCUGCACAUCCUGGCAUCGGGGGCCGACUGUAACUCCGCAAACUCAAAGUUCCGCUACCAGAAACAGGGAGGCUUCGGCUCUACAGACGACCCCUGUGUUGAGCUGAGACUGGCUAACCCGGCUCUGAUCAAGAGGCUUUCCUGCACUGCUGUCUAUGACCUGCUGCCAGGUGAGAAGCUGAAGAUCCUCCAUGCGUUGUGUGGUAAGCUGCUGACUCUGGUGUCUACCAGGGACUUCAUAGAGGACAGCGCUGACGAGCAGAGACAGGCCAAGCAGGAGCUCAGGGAACUGAAGGCUGAGCAGCACCGCAGAGAGAGGGAGGAGGCUGCCUUCAGAGUCCGCAAGAGGAAGGAGGAGAAGUUGAAAGAACAGGAGAUGAAACUGAAAGAGCUGAAAGACAAACAUGAGAAGCUGAUGGAAGACGAAGGAAGAAAUGGCUACAUGAAGACUGAAGAGAUGAACACCAGCACUGAGAGCCAUGGGGAAGAGAAGACCGAGGAUGAAGAGGAGCAGACAACCAACAGCAAGACUAAGAAGCCCGUAGAGAAAGAAUGCAAUCCCAAGGAGAAGCAGCCUAAAGACGAGCCUAAAGAGGUGAGCCCAGAGGAGCUUGCUCAGCAGCAGCAGAGGGAGAAGGAGCUCCAGGAGAAGAUUCAGAAGGCUGCAGCCUGCACCUAUAUCCUCCCCCUGGGGCGCGACCGACUCUACCGCCGCUACUGGCUCUUCCCCUCCACACCAGCCCUCUUCGUGGAGGACGACUACUUCGGCCUGACAGAGGACAUGUUGGAACCCCAGGAGCCAGCCAAGGCUGAGGGGAUGGAGGUGUCUCCGAACAAGGCCAGAGAACCAGAGGACCUCUCCCAGACAGGCUGUACCCCAGGCCCUGUCUCCAAACCUGUCCUCCCAGCCCUUGUCCAGAGCAGCUCUGCUCCCCCAGUGAACCGUCCUAACCGGUGGGCUUUCUACAGCAGUCCCCAGGAGGUGGAAAUGCUGCUUGAGGCCCUGAACCCACGGGGCCACAGGGAGAGCAGCUUGAAGGAGGCCCUGGUGCAGGAGAAAGAACGUAUUGCGCAGCUCCUCGGUACCGCUGCAGCAGCUGAUCGCUACCACCGCACAGAUAUUAAAGCAGAGGCUGCUGGUAGCAAAGUGGUCUCGGCCAGGUCCAAGGCUGCCCCUGCUCUACUAGAAGGCACAGCGGCUCCUGCUGAGAAGUUCAUGGGCAACAGGCUGAGAGACCUGCUGCUAGAUAUAGAGGACCGCAUCUACCAGGGUACACUGGGUCAAAUCAAGGUGAUGGAGAGGAGUGAGUGGAGGAAAGCACUGGAGGAAGGCCACUAUGAACUACUGAGCCCCGAGUUGAAGGACAAUGGUUUUGGGAAAGGAGAGAAUGGUGACGUGGAGAAAAUGGACAUCAAUUGUAACGUGAAAAAAGACGGUUUACAGGUGUCAUUGUUCAGGAUACAGGAGCUAAAGGGGGAGAGUAUGAACGCUGCCUCCAGCCCCAGUACCCCUCAGCUGGUCAACAACACAGUCCACUACCUGGCUCAGGCCCUGGCCCACAUCCAACAGGGCAUCGAGAGGAAGUUCCUCAAGGCUCCACUGGGAGAUGAAGACUCUAAGAAGGACCAGAAGGCAAAGAAGAGAGACAAGAAGAAAGAUGAGGAUCAAAACAGUGAAGGAGGUAGUGACAGUGGUCGGGUGGUGAAGACGGUCCAAGAGCGUUGGAGGGAGUCUCUGCUGGGCUGUUCCAGCCUGUCUCAGGUCUUCCUCCACCUCUCCACCCUGGAGCGCAGUGUCAUCUGGGCCAAGUCUCUGCUCAACGCCCGUUGUAAGGUCUGUCGCAGGAAGGGAGAUGCAGAAAACAUGCUGCUGUGUGACAGUUGCGACAGAGGACACCACAUCCACUGUGUCCGCCCCAAACUCAAGGCUGUCCCAGAAGGGGACUGGUUCUGCCCAGAGUGCCGUCCCAAACGGCGAGCCAACCGCCUCACCUCCCGCCAACGCUCCUCUGUCGACUCUGAUGAAGAAGUGGAGGAAGAGGAGUCGUCAGAGGAUGAAGUGGAAGAAGAAUCGGAGGAAGAGGAAUCGGAGGAGACCGAGGAUGAAGUGAAGAGUGUCACUAAAAAGGGCCGGACUGCUGUGAAACCUCCUGUGCCUACUACCAAAGGCAGUCGGUCAAAUAGCAGGACCACCAGCAGCACCAGUCAGUCCACUCCCCGGAGCCAGCACACUACCCCCAAACAGGCCCUCUCAGCUGGGAAGGGAGCCUCCGCGAAGUCCUCAGGGAAGAAGCCCACCCCAGUCUCCAACAAGCCCACCCCAGUCUCCAACAAGCCCACCCCAGUCUCCAACGGCAGACGCCCACCACGGCCAGGCAGCAGAGUCAGCUCUCGGAUCAGUCACGAGAUACUGGCCUCCAGCGGUACCUCCAGCAGGACAAGCAGCCAGCCUACUCCAUCUCCUUCUCAGGCAGACUCCCGUAGAAGACCCAUCUCCGCAGAGGUCUCCCCCAAGCUGGUCCUGACUCCCUCAGUCUCAGGUUCUUCGUCCAGUCGCCGCAGCUCAGGGAGGAACCUGGGAGUCCAUGAACUGUCUGCCUGCGAGCACCUGACCGUAGAGCUUGUCAGACAUGAAGACAGCUGGCCCUUCAUGAAGCUCGUGUCCAGGAUACAGGUUCCAGACUACUUCGACAUUAUCAAAAGACCCAUAGCUCUGAGCACUAUCAGAGAAAAGGUCAACAACUGUGAAUAUAAAACAGCUACGGAGUACAUUGAGGACGUGGAGCUCAUGUUUGCCAACUGUUUACAAUACAACCCUCGGCACACGAAUGAAGCUAAAGCAGGAGCAAGGCUCCAAGCCUUCUUCAACUCAGAAGUCUCUAAUCUGGGGCUGGCAGACCGGACCACUCCUCCACAGAAGCGGCCCCGGAUGUAAAGCUGACUGACUGAAACUACUGGGUUGUAUUCAGGCACACCGUUGCAAGAAUUGAAUUGAUUUUGCGACAAAAACAAUGUUUGUUAUUGGAUACUUUUUUUUGUUGUUUUUUACCUUUAUUUUAUCAGGGAGUCAUGCUGAGACCACGGUCUCUUUUACAGAUGAGCCCUGAAUGACAGAAAAUACACACGGUCAUAAUUCAGGUAGUCCUUCUGUUUCGUUCUGUUUUCUUCCUUUUUGUUUCUAGUGAAUAUGAUCGUGCAUUGUAAAGUCUGAACAUUCCCAAACCAUUUUGGAAGUGUAAAUAUCAUACCCUCUCAAGAUAAGGCAGGAACAACUAUAUCGUUGUAAAAGUAUUUGCACUGAAUAUUUCAAAAAGCCUUUCUAUUCGUAUUCACUCAGGGUAAACAAAUUGUUGUUUGAAACCAGGUUUCAACAGUGCAUUUAUAUUUUGUAUAUUGGCAGCAUUCCUAGACUACUAUUUUUGUGCACAUACUUUUUGUACUUCAGUUGAUUUAGCUGAAUUAAGUAUUGGAACUUAAUAUGGACAGUUUAAUUUUAGUUUCAUAAUAUUGAACAUUUUACAUCAACUGUUUCAUGUUCCCAUCUUUCAGUGAAACACUACACUGGAAACCGAUAUUAUUUCUUAUGUCCCUUAUUUCCUAUCAUUCAUUGGUUAUUUAUUUCGUUUUAAAUGCAAUAACUUUAUUUAUAUUUCUAUAGAACAUGUUUUUGUAAAGAAUUAUUGGUCUAGUUUUGAGUUCAGUCUUUAGAAACUGUUUGGGAUAGGGUCUAAAUACUGAGUGUUUUCCCCCUAACUGUCACCUUUGCUUUGUAUUUGCUAUCGUGUACAUUUUCCUAUAUAUAAAAAUAAAUAGACUUUUGUUUAAUA